AAUUAGCUCUUAUACUUGUAGCUUUGCAAAACAUCCAUGUGUAACCUUUAACUUUAAUUUAAUGUUUGGUGCUGAAAAUGACUUCAUAAUGUGCUUAAAACUGACACUGCAUUAGCACAUGAGCCUCUCAUGUUACUGAGCUGAUGGAAUAAGUCACUGGCACCUCAGAGGUGUGUGUGUGGGAGCAGAACCCGUGCGUUCUACAAACAGUUCAGGGAAUGCAUAGCACAUUGAGUGGGUUUCUAUUCGCUUGGUUUUAUGUAAAGCUAAGUAGGAGGGAGGCUUGGCCUCUGUGGAGGCUGAUUGUGGCCUUUAUAGUAUACAGUACAGCUUUUUAUACCGAUGGUGCUUCCUGGUCCCCUUUAGUUAUCCUUCACAGAAGGUCUGAUUUUAGUUUCUUUUCAAGUCAUUUAUGAUCUUGCCAAAUCUCCUGCAGCAUGUUGACACAUUUGUGCUCCUAUAGAAAUAACAGCUGAUUUGCUUGUACAGUUUCCAUUCUUGACCAACAGGUGGCAACACAGCUUCAUCCUAACAUGGGCCAAUGAGAAGAGGUGGGAGGGAGGACUGUAACAUGCUCAGAGAGGUGAGCUGAUAAAAGUGUGGUUCUGAGGGAGAGAGUCAGCUGGGAAGUGUGUGAAGGCAGAAGACACAGCUUUAGGCAUGGAGUGAAACACAAAAAGGCAGAUAAGAAGACAACUAUGGGUCCUGCUGUAGCCUGAGUGGGUUUUUUUUUACACUUCCUGGAGUUGGUACACUGUUUAGAGACAUUGUCUGGUGUGAGUGCCAGAAGAGAAAGAAAGAAAAAAGACGAGACUGUGAAAAGGCUGAGCCCUGAACCCUUGAGGAAGCGUCUGUCUGAGACAAAGUCAUAUUGUUGUCAGAGGGUGGAAGAACAGGCUCCAGAACAUGGACGAGGAGAAGGAAAAGUUUACAACUACUUUUGCCUUUUGAACUCAUGAUGGAGGGAGAUGGAGAGCGAGGUGAGAUGUCUGCCAACCUACAUGCUCUGGUGGAUGGUCAGGAACAGGCAACUCCGGGAUCAGCAUCGUCGUCCUGCUCAGAUCUGUCCACCUCUACCCCUGCAGUUCAGCCCUGUCCACACACCACCAGGACUUUCAGCGGACUCCGGUUCUUUGGCAGAAAGAAAGCCAUCGCCAAGUCUGGUGUUCAGAACCAGGCCAACCAGUCCAGUGAAACUAACCAAGAGAUCUCCCAGGCAGUUGACUGGACCGAGAACGCUCAGUUCGGACAGCACGUCUGGUUCGAGACCAGUCUUUCUGGAGAUUUCUGCUACGUUGGAGAGCUUUACUGCUUUGCCAAAUCACUGCAAAAAUCACUGCCUCGCUAUAAAUGUGCUGCUUGCAAAAUAGCAGUCCAUACAAUAUGCAUGGACCAGCUAGAGAAGAUUAAUUUCAGGUGUAAGCCGUCUUUUCGGGAUCCAGGCACGAGAAAUGUGCGAGAGCCAUGUACUGUAAGGCAUCACUGGGUCCACAGGAGGCGGCAGGACGGGAAGUGCAGACAAUGCGGAAAGGGUUUCCAGCAGAAGUUCUUCCACAAUAAAGACAUCGUGGCCAUCAGUUGCUCUUGGUGCAAACAGGCGUACCAUAAUAAGGUGACCUGCUUCAUGCUACAGCACAUAGAAGAGACCUGCACUCUCGGUGCGCACGCUGCUGUUAUAGUACCUCCUACCUGGAUCAUCCGAGUGCGCAGACAGCAGGCAUCCCUAAAGUCUAGUAAAAGGAGAAAAAAGGGAUCUCUGAAAAGCAAGGCCAGCAAGAAAGGGUCAGAGGACGGCAAGUGGAAACACUUCAUAGUCAAGCCGAUUCCUUCUCAGCUCAUGAAGCCAUUGCUUGUGUUUGUGAAUCCAAAGAGUGGUGGAAAUCAGGGAACGAAAAUUAUUCGGACUUUCUUGUGGUACCUAAACCCACGACAAGUGUUUGAUCUCACUCAAGGAGGGCCCAGAGAGGGGUUAGAAAUGUACCGCAAAGUUCCCAACCUGCGCAUCCUGGUAUGUGGAGGAGAUGGAACAGUUGGUUGGAUCCUGUCUGUGCUGGAUGAGCUGCAAUUGAAUCCUCAGCCUGCUGUUGCUGUCCUCCCACUUGGCACGGGAAACGACCUGGCCAGGACACUCAACUGGGGAGGAGGCUACACGGACGAGCCAGUGUCUAAAAUUCUGUCUCAUGUGGAGGAUGGGAACAUUGUGCAGCUGGACCGCUGGAACCUCAGUGUGGAGCCCAAUCCAGAGGCCGGCGAAGAAGAGAAAGACGAACACCAGACAGACAAGCUUCCCAUCGAUGUCUUUAACAACUACUUCAGCUUGGGUUUCGACGCGCAUGUAACCUUAGAGUUCCACGAAUCCCGAGAGGCCAAACCUGAAAAAUUCAACAGCCGUCUUCGGAAUAAGAUGUUCUACGCGGGGACUGCAUUCUCGGACUUCCUCAUGGGCAGCGCUAAAGACUUGUCUAAGCACAUCAGAGUGGUGUGUGAUGGAAUGGACCUCACUUGUAAAGUUCAGGAGAUGAAGCUACAGUGUUUGCUCUUCCUGAACAUUCCGAGAUAUUGUGCUGGUACAAUGCCGUGGGGCAACCCAAGUGACCACCAUGACUUUGGGCCUCAGAGGCACGAUGACGGCUACAUAGAGGUUAUUGGAUUCACCAUGACUUCUCUGGCCACGCUGCAGGUAGGAGGCCACGGCGAGAGGCUACAUCAGUGCCAGGAGGUGACUCUGACCACCUUUAAGCCAAUUCCUGUGCAGGUGGAUGGGGAGCCGUGCAGACUGGCUCCAUCCGUUAUCCACAUCACGCUCAGGAACCAGGCCAACAUGCUGCAGAAGACCAAGAGGAGAAUCUCCCUCCCACAGCUCAAUGAUCAGCAGCCCAUCUCUGAGCAGCUGCAUAUCCAAGUGAGCCGAAUCAGCAUGCGUGACUAUGAAGCUUUACACUAUGACAAAGAUCAGCUCAAAAAAGCCUCGAUUCCUCUGGGAAUUAUUACUAUCCGGGCAGACAGCGAUUUGGAGACUUGUCGGCAGCACAUCGAGGGGCUUCAUGAGGAGGAGGUUGGUGUGAAUUCAGACACAGCAACCAUACCAAAGCUCUCGCCAAAAUGGUGCUUCCUAGACUCCACAACUGCGGAUCGUUUCUACAGGAUAGACCGUGCUCAGGAGCAUCUGAACUAUGUGACUGAGAUCUCACAGAAUGAGCUUUUUAUCCUGGACCCCGAGCUGGUCACUAAGGAAACGGUGGGCACGUCUACUGGAAUGCCAGAAAUCGUAGACACACUGGGAAAGAACUCUGAGCAGAUUGGCUUCCCAGCAUGCCCUGCAGCAUCUCCACCACUCUAUAGGGUAAAUGAAGAUCAAACCGCAGCUCAGAAAAAACGCAUGUCCUGUGAUGUCACCGAUGCAGAGGGACAGGCUGAUUGUGCACUGGCAUCCACAAACACUGACAUUUGCAAAUCGGACGACGUGGUCCAGAAUGAAAUUGAUAAAGAGACUAUGAAGAUGCUAAUGAAAAGUGUGAAGUCAGAUAAUUUUAAAAAGCUUGUAGAGCUACACAAAGAAGGAGCCAAUCUUUCUGUAUAUGAUGCAUUGGGCUGUACACUUCUCCACUAUGCUGUAGAUAAUUGCAACAAGGAAAUGGUCAGAUACAUCAUAGAUAAUGCUCCACUGAAUAUCCUGGAUGUUGCAGAAAAAGAGACAGGUGAGACAGCACUGCACAAAGCUGCAGCGUCAUGCCAGAGGACGAUCUGUGCCUACUUGGUGGACGCGGGUGCUUCCCUCACAAAGACUGACCUACAGGGUGAUAAUGCAAAGGCACAUGCCGAGAGAGCUCAGGACUGGCAGCUGGCCGAGUAUCUGGAGAACCAGCAGCAGUACCAGAUGAUUCCGCGGGACGACCAUGAGACGUCAGUAUAACCAACAGCCUGAAUGGUCCUCAUCAUCCACUGGAAAAUGCUUUUCUCAGCAUGAUCUAAUGAUGAUGCUGGGCAGCAUGUCAGUCUAAAAGGGAGAAGGUUCAUUUUUUACUUGAUUGCAAUGCUAAACAAAGACAAAAUGUAAUGUCCUGUUGUAGAUGCAUGAAUAUGCUUCUCUUAUACUGAGGGUCUUUUUUUAAAUUUUUUUUUAUUUUGCCAAAUGCUAAAUUUCCUAGAUAAUAACGGCAAAAAUAUUUUGGACAUCAGGGUUAAAAGAACAGAAGUACAUCUGACUGUGGCUUUAGCCUUUUAUUAAGCAAACCGCUUAAACCUCAACACAGAUCAUUGGGUGAAAUGUAUCAUUUUUUUUGCUGUAUUUAAAGAAAUUACUUUUAACAGAUAUUUGCUUGCCAGACACUUAAGAUACUUAUGCUAGUCAAUUUACCUAGUUUUAUUAACAUUUUCCUAAUAUUAAACUGUUGCUUUUGUCAUUUUGACUGAAUUGGCCUUCUGCAUUUAAAGCUUCUUUCUCAUCUUGCUGCUCUAUGAGGC